UACUCUUAAUAUGAACAGAAGUUACUUUCAUACAAGAACUUUCAGACGCAUACACCUUUCUGUUUUUAGAUACUGGUGAACUAAAAAUGGCCUUGCAGGCCCGAAAAGUUUUCGAGCCUUUGGCCUGCGGGCGGAACUGUCACAAGUCGUGAGAAGACUGGGUACUUUAUUUACCGUUAGUGGUCUGGAUACCAAAAAAAUAACAAAAUGGCGGUGGGAGCGGAGUUUUCUCGCCAGAAGGAUUCAUCAUAGAGAGUUUUUACCGACUUUCUUUAGAAUGCCUUCAUUUGGACAGAUUGUCAUUGGCCCACCUGGCUCUGGUAAAAGCACCUUUUGUGCCGGGAUGUGCGAAUUUUUAACGAGCUUGGGACGAAAAGCUGCAGUUGUAAACCUCGAUCCUGCUAACGAUUCAUUGAGCUACAACUGUGCAUUGGACAUCUCGACACUUGUCACGCUAAACGAUGUGAUGGAGAACCUCAAGCUAGGUCCGAACGGUGGGCUGAUAUACUGUAUUGAAUAUCUGGAGAAAAAUAUUGACUGGCUGGAGAAAAAGCUCAAAGAAUUGAAGGGCCAUUACUUCUUGUUUGAUUGUCCCGGUCAGGUGGAACUUUAUACUCAUCAUACGUCCGUCAGAAAUGUCGUCAGGCAGCUGGAAAAGUGGGACUUUAGACUUGCUGCAGUUCAUCUUGUUGACUCACAUCACUGUAGCGACCCUACGAAGUUCAUCUCGGUUCUUCUCACGUCUUUGUCUACUAUGAUUCAUGUUGAGCUGCCUCACGUCAAUGUGUUAUCCAAGAUUGAUCUGGUCGAGCAGUAUGGAAAGCUAGCAUUCAACCUAGACUUUUACACAGAUGUGUUAGAUCUGAAUUUUCUAUUGGACCACAUCAAAGACAAUCCAUUUACACAGAAAUAUAAAAAGCUGAAUGAAGCUUUGGUUGGUUUAGUGGAGGAUUAUGGCUUGGUGUCAUUUAAAACACUGGAUAUUCAGUCUAAGGAAAGCAUGAUUGAGGUGAUGAAAUCAGUCGAUCGAGCUAAUGGAUAUCUCUUUGGUGAUCUUGAAGACAACAAGGGAAACUUUAGCCAACUGAUGUCCUCUGCUGUAGGAACGGAUUUUGAAUUCUUCAGAACUGCAGCAAUUCAAGAGAAGUACAUGGAGGAUGAGGACGAAAAGCGAUAAUCGACAUCGAGACGAGAAUGAAUCUGCUGCUCUUGUUCAAAGGACUUAGUCUUGUCUACUUUAUUUGCAUUUUUUAUAGAUGUCUCCGAAGAAAAAAAAACUGCUUUAAUGACAAAAUCUAAUAGGAGGGAUGGUCAAGGAAAGAGCGACAAAUAAACAAGUCUAAGACUUUCCCUAUAUCCAAAGAUCUAAGCCUUGUCUAUACUUUAUUUAUAUUUAUUUUGGCUUUGACUCCGAAACAAAAAAAUUCUUUUUAAUGACAUAGAGAACUGUUCGCCGGCAAAGUCUACGUAUACUAGGAGGGAUGGUCAAGGAAAGAGCGACAAAGUAGUCUAAGACAGAGUUUAUUUCCGACAGGCAACAUACACAGAGGGCGAUCACAGCUUGAGACCUGCAUAUUGCGUGACGGCCGUUUGUUCGUGUAUUGAUUUUAAUCACCGCACUAUCGCAGGUUUAGAAAGCGCCUUUCUCGUUUAAAUAACGUGCAUUUCAAGGGUUAUCGAUAGGCACCAAGCGCAUGUUCAUACAAGGAUCUUUGGCGCGUGAAUUCGGUUUUGUAUGUAGUUAUAACUGCGGACUCGGAUCAGGCAGUCUGUUAUGAAUUGCGACUAUUUUCAGAGACGUAUUGUGUUUAUAUCAAGCUAAAGGACGCUUUAAUGUAUUGAGACAAAGCUUCGUAAGAAGAUAAAUGGGUUUCGAGCAGAAUUGUGGAUGAUUUCACUUGCUACAGUUUUACGCCUUCAGUGUUUUGGGUACCCAAAACACUAGGGAUUUGUGACAGCGUUCGGGGUAGUUUGGGGGGAGGGACGGGGAAUUUUGUUGAAUGACGAUAUUUUGAAUGUCCGGGAACUUUCAAAACCUUUGUCAUAAAAGAAGGUAUGUUAUUA